AUGUCGUCAACUCACAAAAUCGUUGUGGGUGUUGAUUAUGGGGCGAGUUACGUUAGCACUGCAAGCCACGAUAUCAAGGAUAUCAUUGUAAUUGGAACCUGGCCAGGGCCGGCAAGAGAUACGGAAACGGUUUUUAAAACGCCUUCCCGCAUCGCUUAUCCAGCGGACAACCCGCGGAUUCAGCAUUCGAGAUGGGGUUUCCAAGUUGAGCCUGGAAUGACAGCAUACUCCUGGACAAAGUUGCUCCUGGAUGGAAACACACCCCUGACAAAGUUUGACGAUGCCACCUUAGAGGAUGCAUCUGCAAUGGGGAUAAUGGGAUUGCCCGAAGGCAAGAGUGCGGCAGACGUUGUAGCAGACUUUUUGACGGAGGUUCAUGAUCACAUUUUUAAGCUGAUUGAAAAGCAGAUCACUGAGGAAACUUUGCGUAUUACUCCGGUGGAAUACUGGUUUACCGUGCCAGCUAUUUGGUCAGACCAAGCAAAAGCUCAUACGAAGCAGGCAGCUCAAAGAGCAGGUUUUGGCAGCAGCCUCGCUAGACCAGACGACAAAAUUUUCAUGAUCACAGAGCCAGAAGCUGCCGCUAUCGCAGCCUUGAAAAAGACAACUACCGAUGGCCUCGGAGCUUCCGUCAAGGCUGGCGACGGUGUGUUGGUCUGUGACUGCGGAGGAGGCACCGUAGAUAUAACGACAUAUCUGAUCAACCAAGUCAAUCCUGCUUUGUCGUUUGAAGAGCUUUGCACCGGGAUUGGAGGUAAAUGUGGUUCGACGGCGAUUGACCGAAACUUCUACCAUCUCAUGUCGACGCGGUUUGGGGAGGCCUUUGACAAACUUCCUCCAAAGAAGAAGGGCCCAGGAAGUGAAUUCAUGAAAAAAUUCGAGUUCGUUAAAAAGGAUUUCGGAUAUAGUACCUUCGAGGAGGAGGUCCACGAAAUCCCACUUAACAUGACGGUCCACGACCCUGAUCCAGAUCAUUUUGACGAAGAGGAGCGCCAUGUUCUAAUCACCAAUGACGACCUUCGGCAGAUGUUUGACCCUGUUGUUGACCAGAUCAUCGGGCUUGUGCGCCGGCAAAUCGAUGACGCAAAUGCAGACGCUGAGCGUAUUAAAAUUAAUCGGAUCAUUCUCGUCGGGGGGUUCGGCGACUCGGAAUACCUUCGACGUGCCUUCAAAGCGAAGUUCCGUGACAUUACAAUCACAGUCCCCGACAACCCACAAGCAACCAUUGUGAGAGGCGCCGCGCUUCGUGGUCUCCAUGGCCUUCAGCCAACCACAAAAAGAUGUCGUCGACACUAUGGAUUUUGCUGGAGUAUCCCAUUCCGGGAGGGUAUUGAUGACGAAAAACACUCUUUCAUUGACGAUUUCACAGGCAUUAAAAUGGUGCAGGGAAUCAUGGAUUGGGCUAUUGCAAAGGGAGAAAAAUAUACUGACGGCCGCCUAUACUCUGUCUUCUUCGAACAAACCCAUGCUUCGAGUGAUCCGUUAUUGAGCACAUUUUCGCUCUACUCAUGUGAUUUGAAAGAAGCCCCUAAACGGAUAGAGGGCGAAGGCAUUCGGAAAGUCGGUAUUAUUACUAUGGACCUCACUGAUGUUGACAUGAGCCUUUUUCAGUCCAAGAUAGUCGCAGGAAAGGUCAUGUACAAACUUCAAUGUUGGGUAAAAGUCAUUUUCGGAGCCCAGGACGGCGUGCUGAGAUUUGAGACCAGCUCCCAGGGGCGGGUCAUUGGGAAGACGACCAUUGACUUCACAUCCACCAAAUACUAUUGA